CGCGUUGCUCGUUCUGUUUGAACUUCACGACGUUCCGUUCCAGCUGAACUCCAUGACAGUCACCUGAUCGAAACAAACGUUUUCUGCAAUUUGCACGAGAGUGAGAAAUUUUGAGCUUCAUUGAACAGCAAAACGCUUUAUGAAAGGAUUUCGACAGUUUUACCUUUAUUUGAUUGGAUGGUGUACGCUGACAUCACCGACCCACCAUGCCUUUGUCGGCAGCCAUCAUCAGCGGCGUACAGAAACUGGUCCUGUAUGAGGCGAGAGCGAGGUAUUUCCUGGUGGGGAGCAAUCACGCGCAAACAAAACACCGUGUUUUGAAAAUCGAUCGCACGGAGCCCAAGGACUUGGUGAUUAUUGAUGACAAGCAUGUUUACAAUCAGCAAGAGGUACGGGAACUCCUGGGGCGCCUGGACCUGGGGAACCGCACCAAAAUCGGACAGAAGGGGUCCUCCGGUCUGUCCAGGGCAGUGUCCGCCUACGGCAUUGUGGGCUUCGUCCGGUUUAUGGAGGGCUACUACAUCAUCCUCAUCACCAAACGGAGGAAGAUGGCCGACAUCGGGGGCCACUCGAUAUACAAGAUCGAGGACACGAACAUGAUCUACAUCCCCAACGACUCGGUGCGGGUCACCCAUCCGGACGAGGCCAGAUACGUGCGAAUCUUCCAGAACGUGGACCUGUCCAGCAACUUUUACUUCAGCUACUGCUACGAUCUGAGUCACUCUCUGCAGUACAACCUAACCCUCCUCACCACUGCCCGUGACCUGGGCAGGGCGGAGGCGGAGGAGGAGGAGGAGGAGGAGAAGAAGAGGAAGGUGGAAGAGGCGGAGGUCCAAGCCCAGAGCCGACAGGACAGCUUUGACAUUUUCGAGGACGAAGGCCUUCCAACUCAGGUGGUUAACGGGAUCAGGAACGAGCCGUACGCCAAGUACGUGUGGAACGGGAAGCUCCUGGAGAAGGUCAAAGACGUGGUCCAUCCCGACUGGCUCAUGUACAUCAUCCAUGGCUUUUGCGGCCAGUCCAAGCUGCUGAUCUACGGGCGGCCCGUGCACGUCACGCUCAUCGCCCGGAGGUCCAGCAAGUUCGCCGGGACGCGCUUUCUGAAGAGAGGCGCCAACUGCGAGGGGGACGUGGCCAAUGAGGUGGAGACGGAGCAGAUCAUCCACGACGCUUCGGUCAUGUGCUUCACGGCGGGGAGCUACUCCUCGUACGUCCAGGUCCGGGGCUCCGUCCCCCUCUACUGGUCUCAGGACAUCUCCACCAUGAUGCCCAAACCCCCCAUCCGCCUGGACCAGGCCGACCCCUACGCCCAUGUCGCCGCCCUGCACUUCGACCAGAUGCUCCAGAGGUUCGGCUCCCCCAUAAUCAUCCUCAACCUCGUCAAGAAGCGGGAGAAGAGGAAGCACGAGAAGAUCCUGAGCGAGGAGCUGUUCCCGGCGGUGAUCAACCUCAACCAGUUCCUGCCGCCGGCGCACUGCAUCGACUACAUCGCCUGGGACAUGGCCCGCUACACCAAGAGCAAGCUGUGCAACGUGCUGGACCGGCUCAGCCUGAUCGCGGAGAACGUGGUCAAGCGGACGGGCUUCUUCGUCAACCGCUCGGACUUCUACUGCCACACCCUGCGGCCGGACGAGAGGUGGGGCGACCUGGGAGGAUGUGUGACAUCACACGGCCGAAUGCAGACGGGCGUGCUGCGGACCAACUGCGUGGACUGCCUGGACCGCACCAACACGGCGCAGUUCAUGGUGGGGAAGUGCGCCCUGGCGUACCAGCUGUACGCGCUGGGCAUGAUCGACAAGCCCAAGCUGCAGUUCGACACCGACUGUGUCAGGCUGUUUGAGGAGCUGUACGAGGACCACGGGGACACCCUCUCCCUGCAGUACGGGGGCUCCCAGCUGGUGCACAGGGUCAAGACCUACCGAAAGAUCGCCCCCUGGACCCAGCACUCCAAAGACAUCAUGCAGACCCUGUCCCGCUACUAUAGCAACGCCUUCUCAGACGCAGACAGGCAGGACGCCAUCAACCUUUUCCUCCAGGUGUUCAAGCCGUCCGAGGCCAAGCCGCACCUGUGGGAGCUGCCCACCGACUUCUACCUGCACCAGAGGAACAGCAUGGAGCUGCCGCAGCAGAGACGCAGCUACACAUACUGGUGGUCGGAGGGGAUCUUGUCCUAUCUGCCUCUCCCCUAUGAUGAAGUCCCCUGCGAGGAGAACAAGAAGAAAUUGACGGUGAAAAGGCUGAACCGGUACGAUGAGAGCAUCGACACCUACACCGAGUUCUUCAAGCCCUACGAGCUCAGCUCGUUCGACGACACCUUCUGCAUGGCCAUGACCAACUCUGCACGGGAGUUCAUGCCCAAGACGGUUGGCGUGGACCCCAGCCCGUUCACCGUCCGUAAGCCGGAAGAGACGGGGAAGUCUGUCCUAGGCAACAAGAGCAACAAGGAGGAGGCGGUGCUGCAGCGCAAGACGGCGGCCAGCGCCCCGCCCCCGCCCAGCGAGGAGGCCAUCUCCAGCAGCUCGGAGGACGACUCGGAGGAGGACCGGGAGGAGGACGGCACCGUGUCCCAGCGCUCCACCCCAAUCAAGCUGGCCGAGCCGGGGGACAGCGCCCGGCCCCAGGAGGACUAUCAGCACCAGCCGAUGAGGGAGACUUACGGGCUCAACCUCUCCGCAUUCCCCGCGGAGGACGACAUGCUCAUCUAUCGCAGGUUUGUCCAUCUGGGCCAGAACCAGCACAAAGUGGAGAGGACAGGGCAGGACACCGAAACCAGACACCUGGAGAACGUCAUCAACCUGAGCCCGGUCUCGUGCUUCCCGGAGGACAGCAUCUACGAGACGCAGCCGCCCAGAGUGGACAAGAGCAGCCGGGAGCUGUUCGAGAGCCACAUCCAGACGGGCCGGGGCCAGGUUCGCCCCCUGUGCCGGGAGGACAUGCUCGUGUACCGCGAGUACAUCAAGAACAGAUACAUGUAGCGGACCCCAAACCCA